UCCGAGAUGACAAAUAUACAAAAAUUGUGUCACCGCCCUCAAAACGCCAUGAAACCCUCCACAAAUAGAUACCAUCCAUUUCCCCCUUUUUUCUAGGGUUUCAAAACCUCCAACAAACAGAGAGAGAGAGAGAGAGAGAGAGAGAGAGAGAACAAUGGGAGGAGGAGGAGGGGGAUCAGAGAAUACCUCGAGAGAGCUCAGUAUAACGCCGACGUGGGCGGUUGCCGGCGUCUGUGCUGUUAUCGUUUUGCUCUCACUUCUUCUGGAGACUGGCCUUCAUCGCCUCGGACAUUAUUUUGUAAGACGGAAGAAGACUCAUCUAAAUGAAGCUCUUGAGAAGAUUAAAGCUGAGCUCAUGCUUCUUGGUUUCAUCUCAUUGCUGUUGACAUUUGGGCAGAAUUACAUUAGUUCAGUGUGCAUCCCUGUACACGUUGCUAAUACUAUGUUGCCAUGCAAGGCUCCGGAGGUUAAACCAGUGCAACUGGUUGUGCCAGGUGGUGAUCAUGCACCUGCUGUAACUAAUGAAGGUCACAGUAGAAGACUCUUGUCACAGAUGAUAAUGGAUCUGUCUUCGAACAGAAGGGUUUUAACUGGAGAUGCACCGCCUCACAAGUGUGCUGCCGGUAAGGUGCCACUUAUUUCGACUGAUGGUCUUCAUCAGUUGCAUAUCUUCAUAUUUUUCCUUGCAGUCUUCCAUGUUUUAAGUUGUGGUAUUACAAUGGCCCUUGGAAGAGCGAAGAUCCGUAAAUGGAAAGACUGGGAAAAGGAGACUCAGUCUGUUGAUUAUGAAUAUGCAACUGAUCAACGAAGAGUCAGACUUACUAAUGAUAUCUCUUUCGUGAGGCGGCAUGCAAGUUUGUGGAGCAAGAUGAAAUUCUCCAUUUAUUUUUCAAGCUUCUUUCGUCAGUUCUUCAGUUCAGUUCGCAAGGUUGAUUACAUGUGCAUGAGGCAUGGAUUUAUCUCUGUCCAUUUAGCUCCUGGAAGUAAAUUUCAUUUCCAAAAAUACAUCAAAAGGUCACUUGAAGAUGACUUUAAGGUGGUUGUGGGCAUCAGCCCUCUUUUGUGGGUUUCUGCUGUGAUCAUCUUGCUUCUCAAUGUUAAUGGAUGGCAGUUGCUAAUGUGGAUAUCUGUUAUGCCAUUGAUUUUAAUCUUGGUUGUUGGAACGAAGCUCCAGUCUGUAAUCAUAAAAAUGGCUCUUGAAAUCCAGGAGAGACAUACCAUAGUUCAAGGGAUUCCUGUUGUCCAACUUACUGACCGUCACUUUUGGUUUGGUCGCCCUCAUGUUAUUCUGCGUCUCAUUCAUUUCAUAUUAUUUCAGAAUGCGUUUCAACUGAUAUAUUUAGUUUGGAUUUAUUACGAGUUUGGGCCGAAUUCUUGCUUUCAUGAUAGUCGAACCCUUGUCAUCGUAAGAAUUUGUUUUGGAAUUGGCGUCCAAGUUGUAUGCAGCUACAUCACUCUUCCUCUUUAUGCACUUGUAUCUCAGAUGGGAGCACAAAUGAAGAGAACCAUCUUCGACGAUCAAACAGCCACGGCGCUCAAGAUGUGGCGUCGACAAGCAAGAAAGCACUCGAAGGAAGAAAAAGAUUCUCCGCCGAGGACUCCAGAGCCGAUCAUCUCGGACCCACCACAACCAGACCGGUCCUCUCCGAGGAGGAGGAGAUCUGUAGAUCAGGAAUUGCCAGUUACUUUAGAUGGCGUGCCGAGCUCAACUUCGCAAGUUGACUUGCUUGCUAGUUCAGAUCAGCAGACUCAAGUAGAUGCACAAAGCAAAGAUGAUGGUUUCUAUCUUGUCAAGAUUUAGAGUACAUAAAAUCUUGUUUUUACACCCUCUUUUUUUUGUGUGCGCGCACAAAUUGGGAAGGAGGUGCAUAUGUUAGAUAUGUUGCAAGGUUCAGGUUUUAUACAAGAAUCAAAGUGUUGUAAAUUGAAAUUACAAGAUAUGCUAAUAUGUUAUAUUCAAAGGACACUUCACUC